AUGGAAGUCAUCCAGUGCAAGUGCGCAAGCUGUCAAGCAAUAUUGGCAACUUUCUUCAAUUUAUGGACUCAGAUUGGGAAAUCUUAUACCAGUCCUACGAUUGAGGCCCAAGGCAAUACUCAGAUGAUCGCCAAGGAACCCACGAGAAUUGGUGAAGCAGGAUACCUCGUUGCCGAGUGCGAGCUUCAAGAUGUCGCUUGCGCCAAAUGUGAUAACGUCAUCGGCCUCAUCUCGCAAAUACUUCUCAGAAAGACAACUAUCGUGUUUCUCAAGAAGAAUGGCAAGCCGGUCGAGCUCAAUGUGCGCCACACAUUGAAGCUCCGGAAUGACUCUCGCCCCGGAUCGUACCCGGCAAACGAUCAUUUCAAUCCCGAUUCUGGUAAGGUUUUGGGCCUGGGCAUGAAUACUGCCGGUUUCCAAGUCGUGUCCCAAUUCGACAGCGCUGUUUUGCGCAUCGAAAAGGAGAUGGCAAAGCUCAACUCGACUCUAGGUCAACUUCAGAGUGACUUCGAUCUUCACAAAGCUGACUUGAAGUCUGUUAAGAUCGAAGUAUCCAGUGGGGAGUUCUCGACACAAAACAGUUUCAAGCUGUCUCGAUUGGAGAGCCAGGUUCGGACCGCAAACGCUGCCAUAUCUGAGAUGAAGAAGCUCUCCGAAGAAGUUAAUAGGGAGGAUGUUGAGCUCCGAAACGAUCUCCUAAUCUCGCGAGAAGAUUACAAGCAGCUCGAAAACGUAACCUGGGCCUACAAGCGGAUUGCCAAGGAAACAGCCCUUUUACAAAUUGAGUUGAGGCAGCUGAGACAGAUGAUGGACCAGGACCGCAAAGAGAAAGUCGACCUGUCAAAGCAGCAAAUACCGUUACGGGAAUUGGAUAUCUUGACCAGCAACAUGACCAAGAUUGAAGCUCGGGCAAGUCAAGUGGAGACAUUGCAGAUGGAGUUUGAUCUCUUCAAGAGCAGGAUACAGCGUCUGGAGGCGACAAUCCAAGAGCACGGCCACAUCUGGCCCAUCGAACAAUACCUAUCCAAUAACGAAUGA